AAGCUGCUCACUCUACCACCCAAGACCCAAGAGAGUGAUAUCCAGUGCUGCCGCUGCUGCCCGCGCUCGCUCGGUAGCUAGUGAGUAUGGCCGCGGCUGCUCCGUCGGCCGCCCGUGGCCUCCCGCGGCUUCUGCUGCUGCUGCUGGUGGCCGUCCUCGUGCUGCUCGGCGAUGGCACGGGGCGCGUACAGGCCGCGGUGGACACGGGCGGGCUGAGCCGGGCGGCGUUCCCCAAGGGGUUCGUGUUCGGGACGGCGGCGUCGGCGUUCCAGGUCGAGGGCAUGGCGGCGUCCGGCGGCCGCGGGCCCUCCAUCUGGGACCCCUUCGUCCACACACCCGGGAAUAUUGCAGGAAAUGGGAAUGCAGACGUCACAACAGAUGAGUACCAUCACUACAAGGAAGAUGUUGAACUCAUGAAAAGCCUGAAUUUUGAUGCAUAUCGGUUUUCAAUCUCAUGGUCCAGGAUCUUCCCAGAUGGGGAAGGGAGAGUUAAUGAAGAAGGUGUAGCAUAUUACAACAAUCUGAUUGACUAUGUCAUUAAGAAAGGGCUUAUUCCUUAUGUCAAUCUUAACCACUAUGAUAUCCCUCUUGCACUUCAGAAGAAAUAUGACGGCUGGUUAAGCCCAAAGAUUGUGAACAUAUUUUCGGACUAUGCUGAAUUUUGUUUCAAGACUUAUGGCGAUCGAGUUCAGAACUGGUUCACGUUCAAUGAACCAAGAAUAGUAGCAGCACUUGGCUUUGAUACUGGGAUAGACCCCCCUAACCGGUGCACCAAAUGUGCGGCUGGUGGUAACUCAGCAACAGAGCCUUACACUGUUGUUCAUAACAUUCUCUUAUCUCAUGCUACUGCAGUUGCAAGAUACCGCAAUAAGUACCAGGCAAGUCAGAAAGGAAAAAUCGGGAUAGUCCUCGACUUCAAUUGGUAUGAACCUCUUACCAACUCAACUGAAGACCAAGCAGCAGCUCAAAGGGCUAGGGACUUCCAUGUUGGUUGGUUUCUUGAUCCACUAGUAAAUGGGCAAUACCCAAAGACAAUGCAAGACAUUGUGAAAGAGAGGCUACCCAGUUUCACGUCUGAACAAUCAAAGUUAGUCAAGGGAUCUGCAGAUUAUUUUGGGAUCAAUCAAUAUACUGCUUCUUACAUGGCAGACCAACCAACGCCUCAGCAAGCACCAACAAGCUACUCAUCUGAUUGGCAUGUUUCAUUUAUCUUUCAGCGAAACGGCAAACCAAUUGGACCACUGGCAAAUUCUAAUUGGCUUUACAUUGUCCCAACGGGCAUGUAUGGAUGUGUGAACUACAUAAAGGAGAAGUACAAAAAUCCGACAAUCAUUAUAUCAGAAAACGGAAUGGAUCAACCUGGAAAUCUCACUCGUGAAGAGUUCCUGCACGACACCGUAAGGGUCGAGUUCUAUAAGAACUACCUCAGCGAGCUCAAAAAAGCGAUCGAUGAUGGCGCGAACGUGGUCGCCUACUUUGCCUGGUCGCUUCUUGACAACUUCGAGUGGCUGUCGGGUUACACAUCCAAGUUCGGCAUCGUCUAUGUCGACUUUACGACUCUCAAGCGGUACCCCAAGGACUCGGCCUACUGGUUCAAAGACAUGCUGCAUGCAUCAGGGACUGGGACGACGAAAGAUGGUACAGACCUUUCCAACAGCACACAAGCUGGUACAGGCGUUUCAAGCAAGAACUCAGCAGCUGGUUCAGCCACCUCGAGUAGCCCUUGGGUUUUGCUUCCUCUGUUGGUUUCCUUGUAUUUGGUUCUUCCUUCCAUCUCCUUGUUCUCCUCGUGGAACUGAAGUCCUUUCCCCCCCGCUAGCAAGCAGGUAGUAAGCUGUGGAGCAUGUUCGUUAAAAAAUGUGUUGCAGCGAAGAGUACCUUAGAAUAACCGGACGGGUCUUCUACUCGUCUUUGUUCAGUCUCAACUAUUGUUAGUUUGCCAGUACCGGACGCUAUGAUUCAGCGCCAGAUCUGCAAGGAUAAUGUACUUGUUCGUGUAUAUCUUCUUUUCUUUGCGAGUACUUGGUCGUGGAUAGUGAGCUGCAAUCUGCAAGGAUACGCUAUGGCUAGUUACCAUUGCAUCGAGUAGAGAACAAAUGCCAAACUCUCUUGUGGACGUAGAGUAAAUUUGAUAUAUCUUGUUUGACUAA